CGCAGUGGAGGUGGCGCGAACGGCAAGGGGGCGGCUGAUGGCUCUCCGGGGACUGGCAGGCUCGGGACUCAGCUCCCGCGGGCCGUUGGAUGAGGCGGAGGCGGGGGCCGAGGGGCAUGAGGCGCCGGCCGUGGUGGCGGCGGGAGUCGUGCUGCAGGACGAUGAAGAGGACGAGGGCCGCGGCCGGGGCCUGCUGCGCUGGGACGGCUUCUCGGCCUGGCUGCACUGCGUGUGUGUGGUGGGCUUCGACCUGGAGCUGGGCCAAGCCGUGGAGGUAAUUUAUCCUCAACAUUCCAAACUUACUGAUAAAGAAAAAACCAAUAUUUGCUAUUUGUCUUUUCCAGAUUCAAAUUCAGGUUGUCUUGGAGAUACCCAGUUUUGUUUUAGAUUUCGACAGUCUUCUGGGAGGAGGGUGUCACUGCAUUGUCUCCUGGAUCAAUUUGACAAAGAUUUACCAGUUUACUUAAAGAAGGAUCCUGCUUAUUUUUACGGAUAUGUGUAUUUCCGACAAGUUCGAGAUAAAACUCUAAAAAGAGGCUACUUUCAAAAGUCCUUGGUUUUGAUCAGCAAACUACCUUACAUUCAUUUUUUUCACACUGUGCUCAAACAGAUAGCACCAGAGUAUUUUGAAAAGAGCGAGCCUUAUUUGGAAGCAGCUUGUAAUGAUGUUGAUCGAUGGCCUGCCCCAGUGCCAGGGAAAACAUUACACCUGCCUAUUAUGGGGGUGGUAAUGAAGGUACGGAUUCCCACAUGUCAUGACAAGCCUGGGACAACUCAAAUAGUACAGUUAACUCAGCAGGCAGACACACAUAUAUCUGUUAUUUUACCUACUGUUCAUGAGGUGGAUCUUUUCAGGUGUUUCUGCCCAGUUUUCCUUCAUAGUCAGAUGCUUUGGGAGCUGGUGCUGUUGGGGGAACCCCUCGUGGUCAUGGCACCGUCACCAUCGGAGUCGUCAGAGACUGUGUUGGCACUUGUUAACUGUAUUUCUCCAUUAAAGUACUUCAGUGAUUUCCGACCUUAUUUCACUAUUCAUGAUAGUGAAUUCAAAGAAUAUACUACCCAUACUCAAGCCCCGCCCUCAGUCAUAUUAGGAGUAACCAACCCUUUUUUUGCAAAAACGCUCCAGCACUGGCCACACAUUAUUCGAAUAGGAGACCUUAAACCUGCAGGUGAAAUUCCUAAGCAGGUUAAAGUGAAAAAAUUGAAGAACCUAAAGACUCUGGAUUCUAAACCUGGAGUUUAUACUUCUUAUAAGCCAUAUCUAAAUAGAGAUGAAGAGAUCAUAAAACAAUUACAGAAGGGUGUACAACAGAAACGUCCAUCUGAAGCUCAAAGUGUUAUUCUCCGACGCUAUUUUUUGGAACUGACACAAAGCUUCAUCAUUCCAUUAGAAAGAUAUGUGGCAAGCUUGAUGCCUUUACAGAAAAGUAUUUCUCCAUGGAAGAGUCCACCCCAAUUAAGACAGUUCCUUCCAGAAGAAUUUAUGAAAACACUUGAGAAAACAGGACCUCAGCUGACCUCUAGAAUAAAAGGCGAUUGGAUCGGACUUUACCGGCAUUUUCUAAAAUCUCCAAAUUUUGAUGGUUGGUUCAAGACCCGGCGGAAGGAAAUGACCCAGAAAUUGGAGGCACUCCAUCUGGAAGCUCUUUGUGAAGAGGACUUACUUCUCUGGACCCAGAAACACACAGAAGUAGAAACAGUAGACCUUGUAUUGAAGCUAAAAAAUAAGCUGUUGCAGGCCGAUCGAGAGCAUUUACCUGUGAAACCUGACACUAUGGAAAAGUUACGGACACACAUAGAUGCAAUUAUCUUAGCAUUGCCAGACGACCUACAAGGCAUACUGCUCAAAACGGGCAUGACAUGAUAUUUGCCAGGAUAUUCCAGCCAAAAAGGAUUGUGUACCAUGAAGCAUACUGACAUCUCAACAAGACACACAAAAGAGAUCUCUCGGAGUGGAAAACAGCCGUGAAUGCUAGCUACAGGGUGGAAAGACUGUACCGUAUGAACAAACCUUUUUAGUGCAUUAUUUUUAAAAAUGGAUGUCUGUGGUUGUUCCACUUUAAUACUGAAACACCGAAAGGCAUUUCUAUAUUUUUAAUCAUGUUCUAAAGUGCUCUUAUGAGAGACUUGUGGGGCCAUCAGUAUACAUGAUUCCAAACUGCAGUGCUGGCAUUGCAGAUAUUUUUUUAAAUUGGUGCUGCUUUGCCCAAUCAUGUUAAAACUCAGGGGGAUAUAAAAAUAACAUUCACACUGGCUAAUCUUCUUAAGAAGAAGGAAAAGACUGAACUGUCCGAUUGUAAUUAGAAAUAAUUAUUGCUUUUGUAGUGCCUUCCGUUGUCCUACAUGUUUCACAAAGCCCAGCUGCUAGUCUUGAAGCUUUUUCUUAACUUGAUUAUGAUAUGUAAUUUUAUAAGGCAUUUUUUUGAGUAAUCAUUGCUUAAAAAUAUGUUUCUUGCCUCCCAUUGUGUUUAUUAGUAGUGGCAUGGUGUUUUGUCUUUUUUUUCAAUUGUCAUGUAUGUUUCAUUUCAUUAUUUUCUAUACCAUUUUCAAAGUUAAUCUUAUCAAUUUCUCCAAAGGCAAGAAGGCAUCUAGUAUUAAUUAUGGAAAAAUUUAUUUUCUCUUACCCCUUACUAAUUGGGCAUGUUUAAGUUAAUUAGCUUGGAUGUUUUUCAAAGACAUUCUAAUUAUAAACCUCAUAAUCAGCUGUUUUUUAAACUGAACUAUUUUUAUUUCAAAGGCAUUCGUAAACCUUUUAUGUGAUACUCAUUUGAGUGAUUAUAUGAUUGAUUUCCAGCAUUAUUUGUUUGGUAGGGCUUUUUUCCCCCAAAUUAAAAUUUCUCAGAACACUUUCCCUACUGUCAUUUGACAUGGGAACUUCUGCCUGAAUCACUGUUAUAGCAAGUUUUUUGUUGUGUUUUUGUUUGUUUGUUUCUGUUUUGUUUAAACUAUACUACCUUGCCAAAAAUAGAAGAUUGUGGUUCAGUAGCUUGGUGUGUGUUUGAGUAGGAGUGUCCCGAAGAAGCCACUAUUUAAAAUAGGCACACGUGACAUAGCACAUAUGUAAAUAGCUUCUAAGUAACCAAAUUUAGUUGUAUGUGUUUGUGAAAGAAAUGGCUUCAAAAGCUAUCUCUUGUUUUCUGUUAAUGUAACUCUUGAGGGCACCCCUCACCCAAGAAAGUCUCAUGUUUGUAACUGUGGUCUUAUACCCAAAUGUGCCCUUUUCUCAUGGAUGCAGUCUCUUGAAGCAUACCUCAAAGUCAUAGAAAUAAUAUGGCAUUGAAAGAAAUUAUUUGCCUUGGAUCAUAUGAGUUAUUUUGUGAAACAACAGUUGUCCUGAGGGAAAAGGGGCAACUACUUUUAUAUGCUGAAGUAUUUCAUAUCUUCCUGGGAAACCUUAUUUAGGUGUAAAUGGUCAUCUUAUUAUUUUUCAAAAAGGUGUAUUUUAAUAAUACAGUUUAUAUGCAAUUUGUGACUAGAAUUUGAAUUAGUGUCAUAUCAAGGAUCUUUUAAAUUAUACCACUACAGGAUGUAUCAUUUCAAGUUUAUUUUGCACAGCUAAAGAGUAGCAAAGGAUGCCACUUAUCAUAAUAAUGGUAUCUUCAUAUUUACUACAUUUUAACUAAAACCUAACACAUGUUGAAAACCAUAUCAUACUUACCCGGUUUAUCUAUUAAUUUCAAAUUAUGUACUUGUAACAAUAGCUUAAAAUUGCAUUGGGAACCUGAGAAAGACUGACUGGUAACUUUAUUUUUUGUGUUAUUUUCAGAGUUGUCCUUUUUUUUUCUUUUUUUUGAGGUGAUAUUGUUAAGAUCUAAAACCUACCGCUUAAUAGUUUAUCUUCACCAGCAUCAGAAGAGAUCACUGCUUUCAGGGUGUUAUGUAAUGCCUACUGCCUUCGUUUCAGUGAAAAAGAGGUUUUGUGAAGGCAUUUAUGGUCAUUACCAAAAACUGAAUUAAAGGCCUUGGAUUUUAAAGCA